CAAAAACCCACGGAGGAGACAAGCACAGCAAGCCACCCUCCCGCCCGUUCGUUUCACUCAUGGAGCCGCUGCCGUCGGCAACGGCCGCCGGCGUGGGGGCCCCCGGCCCUGGUCCCGGGUACCCCGAGUCCACGGAGUCUUCUCCGCGCAGCCGGGGUGGGGAUUCGUGGGACGAGCCCUUUCCGUCCUCUGCAGCGGCGGCUGCCGGCGGCGGGGGCCGGCUCCGCCUGAUGUGCAGCUUCGGGGGCCGGAUCGUCCCGCGCCCGACCGAUAAGUCGCUCUGCUACCUGGGCGGGGAGACCCGGAUCGUGGCCGUGGACCGGCACGCGUCGCUCGCCGACGUCCACGCGCGCCUCUCGCGGUCGCUGCUGGGCGGUCGCCCCUUCACGCUCAAGUACCAGCUACCUAACGAGGACCUCGACUCCCUCAUCUCCGUCUCUACGGACGAGGACCUCGACAACCUCGUCGACGAGUACGACCGCAUCGCCGCGACCUCCUCCGGCAGCGGAUCCUCGCGCACCUCCCGGAUCCGCCUCUUCCUCUUCCCCGCCACCCCCGAGUCCUCGUCCUCGCUCGGCUCCCUGCUGGACGACUCUUCGAAGUCCGAGAACUGGUUCGUCGACGCCCUCAACAGCGCCAUCUCUGGCUCCCUCGACGGCAUCCCGAGAGGGAUCUCCACCGACUCAGCUUCUGUCAACUGCCUUCUCGGCCUAGAGGACGACUCCUCCGUGCACUCCCGCAGCGGCGUGACCAACUCGGCUCCCGCGGAGGACCAGCGCGCCAGCCAGCCGAAGCUCCCGGCGGGCGCCACCGCCGUCGCUGCCGCCGCCGGUGCCGGGAGGCACCCGCACGACGUCCAGUCCGUGCCAGACUCGCCGAUGCUGGAUAAGAACUCUUCGUUCGGGUCCACCUCCUCGGCCCCGUCGCUAUCGAACCUUCCGCCUAUACGCGUGCGGCCGGAGGACCGCCCGUCGGACGCCCGCAUCAUGCAACCUACCGCCGUGGAGGACCACUUCGCGCAGAUGGGGAUCUCCGAGCAGCAGCUGCCGCCGUACAUGCAACAUCAACAGCAGGUGCCGAUCCCUGCCAUGACCGGCAUGUCGCCCUCUGAGGCGUCCAGCAGAGUGUUCUCUGACGAUGAUAAGUCCGAUCACGGUGGCGGAGGUCGGAAAGCACAACUUCUCAAGCAGGAGGUUCCGGCAAUUGUUGAUCCCACCAACAGAGCCGUCUACUAUAAUGACAGAUCUCCUCCGGCCGACUUGAAACGAGACAUGCCGGUGGGAACGGAAGCUGCCAGCUACCGCCUCCCUGUAUCAGCUCCGGACGCUGCAGCUGCCGCUGCAACACAGGUCCCAGCUGGAUAUGUCCUUGCCCAGAUGCACGCGCCACAGCAACAUCCACCACCGCAGCAACAUUUACCACCGCAGCAGCCACAGCAACCAGCUCCUCAGCAGCAGAUUGUUUCUGCCGGAAACCAGCAUUUCAUCCACAACCCGGCCACUGGCACCUUCAUUCCAAUCCAGUCCUAUUACCACCACCACCCUGUUCCACAGCAGGCACCCCAGACCGUGCCGAGGCAGCAGCAGGCACCCGCAUUCGACCCAAACACGGGGAUGUACUACCUUCCUAUGCAGCAGAACGCACACCAGCCAUACAGCAUGCCUCCUGGCGCCCAGGCCACCUUGCCACCACCUCCUCCUACCCUUGUUGACACAGCGCCAAAGCCGACCGUGCCAAUCCCUCAGAUGGCUGUAAGGCCUGAACUGCAACAACAGCCUGGCGUCUAUCGAACAACAGCUGCCGCCACGCCUGCUCCAGCGCCCAGCGCAGCUCCUCCUGGAUAUGCUGGGAUGGCAUACCACCACAUCAUUCAGUCGCACCACCACCCCUCGCCACAGCCUGUCUCAAACAUGAUGGCUGGCAACUUUGGUUACGAGUACGCUGAUCCUACGCGCCCACAGGUCUACUACUCGCAGGCGGCUGCAGCACCUCCAACGUUGCCACCGCAGUAUCAGCCCAUCGUCUCUCCUGAUGCCGGACAGGCCGAAAAACAUUGAGCAGAACCCUGCCCCCCCCCCCCCCCCCCCCCCCCCCCCCCGCGGUGGUCUAUGUUGCAAAAUCCUAGAGGCGUAUUUAUAUCCAUCUGUCAUCAUUUGCUGUUGCUUACUGCAUGCUGCUACAUGACUCCGCGGCGGAGAGUCGAAGGUUUGGGAUCGAAAAAGAGUAUGCAUCCGAGGUCCGAGGAUGGGUUGGAAACAAGAUUUUCAAUCGGAUGGUUCUUGUGUUGGUGAGGCGGUGACCAUGCUGGAUUUAGAUUGGUGGGGGGGGGGGGGGGGAGCCAAGUGUCUGGAUCCCUGUUCCAGUGUUUUUUUUUCCUUCUCCCUCUCUUGUUGUUUUGAAUAAAAUAUAUAUAAGUGUCCAAAAGAACCUGGCGAAAACGAAGAGCUCGUCGUCAUUUGUGUAGCCAUCUGUAUAUUUGAUGUGAUUUGAUCUCAUGGAUGUCAUUCAGGUUGAGGUGCAGAUAAGUGUGUUGUUAGCUUGCGUGCAGAAACCUUGUUCAAGCUAAAUAAUAUAUAUACUCCCU